AUGGACGAUAUAUUCCUCGUUAAUUUCCGGAACAUCGAGUCUUUCUUUUCCAUCUUCUCUCUCUUUCUGGUCCGUUGUUCUUACCCACCCCCACAACACACACAAACAUUUCCUUUUUUCUCUCCACCCCCUCUCUCUAUUUUAGAUAGAUGUUUAGUAUAUAGACUUAUCGGUCAGUUCAUUAUUCCUUUUCUUUCAAGUACUUUAUUUCCUUUCUAUCUAUCUAUCUAUCUAUCUAUCUAUCUAUCUAUCUAUCUAUCUAUCUAUCUAUCUAAACCAGUCCCUUUCUCUUUAAAGAUCUCACUUCCGUUCAAUUACAUACUGCCUCUUCGCUUCUUUCUUUCUUCCUUUCUUUCUUUCUUUCUUUCUUUCUUUCUUGUGGCUAAUUUCUUAACCAGUGCCUCUUCGCUUCUUUCUUUCUUUCUUUCUUUCUUUUUUUCUUUCUUUCUUUCUUUCUUUCUUUCUUUCUUUCUUUCUUUCUUUCUUGUGGCUAAUUUCUUAACCAGUGCCUCUUCGCUUCUUUCUUUCUUUCUUUCUUUCUUUCGUUUUUUCUUUCUUUCUUUCUUUCUUUCUUUCUUUCUUUCUUUCUUUCUUUCUUUGCCUCUUCGCUUCUUUCUUUCUUUCUUUCUUUCUUUCUUUCUUUCUUUCUUUCUUGUGGCUAAUUUCUUAACCAGUGCCUCUUCGCAUCUUUCUUUCUUUCUUUCUUUCUUUCUUUCUUUCUUUCUUUCUUGCUUUCUUUCUUGCUUUCUUUUAGCUAAUAUCUUAAACAGUGCCUCUUCCUUCUUUCUUUUUUUGUUUCUUUUCUUUCUUUCUUUUUUUUCUUUCUUUCUUUCUUUCUUUCUUGUGGCUAAUUUCUUAACCAGUGCCUCUUCGCUUCUUUUUUUUUCUUUCUUUCUUUCUUUCUUUCUUUCUUUCUUUUCUUUCUUGCUUUCUUUUUUAGCUAAUUUCUUAACCAGUGCCUCUUCGCUUCUUUCUUUAUUUCUUUCGUUCUUUCUUUCUUUCUUUCUUUCUUUCUUUCUUUCUUUGCCUCUUCGCUUCUUUCUUUCUUCUUUCUUUCUUUUUUUUUCUCUUUCAUUCUUUCUGUCAUUCUUUUUUUCUUUCUUUCGUUCUUUCUUCUUUUUUGUUUUGUUUCCUGUUCAUUUACCUUCUAUAUAUUAUUCGAUUAUCUGUCUUUUUCUUGCUUUUUCUUUGUCUUUAUUUCUUCAUUCUGGAUUUCUUUAUUUGUUUGUUUUUCUUUCUGUUUUCUUUCUUUUUUCUUUCCGUCUUCCUUUUUCUUUUUUCUUUCUUUCAUUUUUCUUUCUGGCUUUGUCUGUUUGUUUCUAUUUUUCCAUGUAUCCUUUUUCUUUCUUUUCUCUUUUUUCUUUCUGUCUUUCUUUUUUCUUCCAUUUUUCUGUCUUUCUUUCUUUUUCUUUCUCUCUUUCUUUUUUAUCCCUUUUUUUUUGUCUUUCUUGCUUCCUGUUUUCUUUCUGUCUUUCUUUCUCUCUUUUUUUCUUUCUGUUUUUCUUUCUCCUUCCUAAUUUCUCUAUGUCUCGUUAUUUAUUUAUCCAUUACACCUCUCACACUGAUCACUCUUUCUCUUUCUUUCUCUCUCUCUCUCCAAGCAUAAAUAUCUAUUCUCACCAAGAUUCUCUUCCUCGUUUUAUUGCUUUUAUUUUCUUUCUUAACCUCCUCCUCCUCCUCACACUUAUCAUCAUCUUCCAAUCUUCAGUCGUCGCUUACUCUUCACAUUUAACGAAAUUUCAGAAUUCCUCCAUAACUGAACGUUUUUUCUCCUCCUAUGCCCAUCCUCACUAUCCCCCCAUUCCUCCUACUCCAUGUCCCCCGCCUCCUUCGCUUCAACCAAAAACUCAUCUUAUUUCUCUCUUAAGCAUUCUCCUAUCCACAAAUACCUUCACCGGAUGGGCGUAA